AUGCUGAAUCAGCUGUUAUGUAAUCAAAGAUUUUUGUCUGUUGAAAUAAAUUGAAAAAAAAAUUUCUGAUUGAGUUAACAUCUAACUGUAGAAGUAUACAGCAUUAACGAUAUAAUGAAACCACAAGUGAGGGCCUCUACGGUGUUGGAAAGAACCUCACAUUACUUGAAAGUGGGUGUGUUAAAAGAAAAGCCAGCUUGGUUUGAUGUGGUAGGUGCCCAUCCUCCUAUACUAGACUUGAGUAAGAAACCAAAGAAGAUUGAUUUAAAACAAACUGAUAUAGAUCCUUCCUUAAAGUUAGAUAAUGAUAAGGGUAGUGUCGAAGGUAAGUUCUUCAAAACUAGAAUGAAUUCUACUGAUAGAAAACAACAACAUAAUGCUAUAUCAAGAAUUCCUAAAUUACAAUUCUUAGAAGAUGAAUUAAGAGAUGUAUUUUAUCAUCAACAUCCAUGGGAAUUUUCAAGACCAAAGAAUUUAAUUGAAAAUCAAGGUGAUGAAUAUAAAAACUUAGAUUGGUCCCAUAUGUUACAAUUUACAAAACCCCUUGAUGGUGAGUCUGUGGUUCAAAGAACUCUUUGGAUAUUAACCAAUCAAAAUAAUGAAAUCAAUAUCAACAAUAAUAAUAAUAAUAACGAAUCCCCUAAAAUAACAUUAUUUGAAGCAUAUGAUAAAGCCAGAUUUGAAUUCUAUAGAUUAAGAAUGGAAGAAGAAAUGAAUAGUGCGGUAUCAAGAGAAGAAUCAACCAUGUAUGGUGCCAUUUAUCCAUCUACUAACUUAGAAUGGGGUGUUAAGAAUGAACAAGAAUACAUUGAUUUAUGGGCUAAGAUUGCUGAAGAAAAGACUAGAGUUCUUGAAGCUUCAAGAGAAAGAAAUAAUAGUACAGCCAGUGGUAAAUCUACUAAAGGUGGAGAAACUGGAUUAGAAGAUUUAAUUGAUUCAAGUUCAAUUUGGGAACAAAAUUUUAGUAGUGACAUUGCUGGAGCCAAAGCUAAAUCUAAGCUCAAUGAUAGUAAAUAAAUUAUAAGUUAUUUGUAAAUAACCCAACCAACCAACCAACCAAUUCCAUUUGUAAAUAGUUUACCAGAAAGCUACAUAUAUACAUAUAAUUUAUACUGAAACCUUUCUUUGCAUAAUCUAUAUUUUGUAAAUUAAAAUGUACACAAAUACCUAUAUAAUAUUUAAAGAUCAACCAACUACUUUUAUGUUAAUCGUCUUAUAAUUGAUAAGAUAUAUGAAUAAAACCCAUAAAGGGCAAAAAAAAUUGAUACGUAAAAUUCUAAUGAAUCUGAAUGAUUUGUUGUAGGAGUACGUGGAAUGAAAUAAAUGCAAUAAAUAACGUUAAGAUCCAUUGACUCAUUGUCGUUUCAAAAGUAAACUGAGUAUGUUUCCUAAUGAUGUUCUUCAUGAUGACUAUCUUUGGUUAAGAAUAUCUUUUCAUAAGCUAAAUAACCGGAGAAUGCAACAAUAGCAAUUCCAAGACCAGGGAAUGCAUUCUUAAAUCUAUUUAUUCUGGUGAA